CACGUCAGAGGUGAAAAAAUGUUGUUUUGAUCGUGGAGUCGGUGACAAAAUGUUUCGAUUUUAGUGAAAAUUCAGAGGAAAUACCCACGAAAAGUAGUCUUUCGUAGUUGCUGAAGAUGAAACCCACUAAGCUGAAGCUAAUGCGACAAGAACAAGCACGACGAAUGCUUGCAAAAUCUGCCAGGAAGAGAAAUAAUCCAGAUGCUAGCGAAGAGGAUGAAGCUCCGGCACCCAAAUCAAGGAGAACACGAAAAGUCCGAGGCAGAGAGUCUCCGAAGGCACUGGAUAGCAUGCCGGAUAAUGACUCCAGUGACGAUGAGAAGCCUAUAAUUCGGUAUGGGGGAAACAUGGGAAGAGCAAAUGACGAGGAAGAUGAGGAUAUGGAGGAGGAAAUUCCUCUGACGGCCCUUAAGAAGAUGAAAAAGGACAGCGAAGAUGAGGAAUCGCCGGCUAGUCCGUCGAAAGACAAGAAUGGUGGUGAUGUCAUUGAGUUCAUCAACAUCGAUAAAAUUGAGGUGAAAGAAGAGGAUUCGGAUGACGAUUCAGACGAAGAUGAAGAGGAGGAAGAAGUGAAGAAACCAGUGAUGCCGAAGAAGAAACCCAAAAAUACAGAGCCUGUUCCUCCGGCUCCGAAGAUUUCCCAUGUUCCGCACAUCGUGAAGCAGGACGGAUUGAUAACAGUGUAUCAGUGCAGCAAAUGCCCCAAAACCUACGCCAGGCCCAGUAGACUCAGGCGACACUACCGGAAGCACACGGGAGACGUACGAGUGCGCUGGUACAACUGCAACAUUUGCCACAAGCAGUUUUCCACGGAUCCGAAGCUGGAGAAGCAUCUGCUGAGGCGUCACAAGGAGAAGUUGAAUCUCUUCGAUGCCGUCGCGGUGAGAGAUGAAGUGGCGUCAGCUGAGGCGGCAGCUGCUCAGGCUGCGGCUGCUCAGGCUGCCCAGAACUCCAUGGAUGAUAGUAUGUUCAACGAUGAGGAGGUGGAGAUAAAGCCAGAGUUGGUGCAGGUGAAGAUGGAGAACUUCUACGAUGAGUACGAAGAGGAUAUUCCUUCGGUGUGUCCUAAAGUGGAAGUGAACACUUUGGAUGCUGUGAAGCGGGAGCGAAGGGAUGAUGAGGACAGUGUUGAGGGUGAUUUUGAUCACUUUGGCGAUCACUUUGCAGACAAUUAUGAUGAUUUUGGGGAGGAGGAGCCGAAAUCAACGCCCAAGAUUAGUGCCACAAAGCCAAGGGCUUCUAAACCAGUGGAUCCCUUCACAGAUGAUAGGAUUCCAAUUCUUCCUGACUUUGAUUUCACCGAUUCGGAGAUUGUGGAUCUGUCUCCACUUGGCAGAGAUGAAAUUGAUUUCAUGGAGGACAUAGAAAUCGAAUCUCUGAGUCCCUUGCCUGAUGAGGAAGAUGAGGACUUUGAUCCGAAUCAGAAGACACGAGUGUACAAGUGCACGUACUGCCCGAAGACCUUCGUGGUGCGCGAGAAUUAUCUGGAUCACAUUGAUUAUCAUACGAAGAAGGACAAGCCGUUCCCGUGUGAGCAGUGCGAUGAGGAAUUCCUCACGCAAGGCACUCUCCACUAUCACAUUGAGAGCAGCCACUUGAGGGCCAGGUGUGAAGUGUGUGACGAGGAGACGGGCAAUCUGAGGGCUUUCCUGAAGCACCAGAGAUUGCACUCGAAGCGCAUUCGGUACAAGUAUUCGUGUGAUAUGUGCGAAGAGCGAUUCACGCUGAAGCAAUUGCUGAGUCAGCACGUGGAGGAGACGCACGGCACGGGUCACUUCAAGUGCGCCAACUGUCCAAUGACAUUCUCCAAUUCGCGCUUCUUCAUCAUUCACGCGACUGAGUAUCACGAAGAUCCGAAGCCAUUCCGCUGUGACUUCUGCAGCUUCAGCACGAACAAAAUCUACUAUCAAUCAAUUCACAUGAGAACACAUCUCAAUGAGUUCCCCUAUCGCUGUCUGGACUGCAUGAAGCUCUUCCGGCUCGACAGGGAUUUGAUGGAUCACAUGAAGGAUCACGAGGAGAACAAGGUGACCAAGUUCAGGUGUGACAAGUGCGGCAAAUACUUCGCCACCAACAGCAAUGUGCACAGACACAUGAGGCGAUACUGCAAGAAGUACCAAUGUGAAUUCUGCGAUAAGGUCUUCUCCUCGGCACCUUCUCUGAAGCAGCACAAAUCCACGCACACGGAUGAGUUGCCGUUCAAGUGUGACGAGUGUGGACAAGGCUUUCCGCGUCCCGAAGGCGCCAGAGUUCACAUGCGUGUCCACACAAAUGAUCGACCGUAUGGUUGUCGGAUAUGCGGAAGGACAUUUCCGUCGUCCGCGCGACGGCGUGCCCACGAGAAGCACCAUUUGGGCGACGUGAAGAAGCACAGAUGUGAGGAUUGCAAUAUGGAAUUCAAGCUGAAGAAGGAUCGUGAGGAGCAUCUGCUGACGCACGUCAAUCACGCCAAGUAUUUCUGGUGUGCUCUGUGCGAUCAGAGAUUUAUGAAGAAGCAGAAGCUGGUGAAGCACUUGAACGAGCACAGGAAUACUCCUGAUGACGCCUGGCCGGCCAGACCGAAGAGGAAGCGCACGAAUCGAACAGAGUUGGAAAUGGGUAUUCUCCGACAAUGCUAUGCUAGAGCAGUUCUGAAGGCACAGAGUCAAGGCAGGAGUGGCAGAAUGAAGAAGGAUAAGAGCGAUAAAACGGAAAAGAGUUGCGAGCAUUGUGGAAAAAAGUACAAACUUGAGAGGCGUCUCAAGAAACACAUCCAGACUGUUCACAACAAUGGCCAGGAGGGCCAGGAGAGUGUCCAGGCGGGAAGCAGUGAUGAAGAAAUCGAAUUUAUCAACAUUCAGGACAAGUCAGACGAUGGUCAGAAGCAGAAGUUUCUAACGAGUUUAGUCAGGACAACUCAAACGGGAGAGAAGGAGUAUUUAUGUGCAAUAUGUGAGAAGGCUUAUCCGCGGCCAAGUCGUCUUCGGCGACACUUCCGGAAGCACACCGGCGAGAGGAGGACAAAGUGGUUCAAUUGCAGUGUUUGCAGCAAGCAAUUUUCCACCGAGAAGAAGCUACAGAAGCACAAUUUGAGGAGGCAUGCUUCACUGGAGGAUUCUUCGCAGGAUAAUGAUGAGAAUACAGUCAUUAGCCAAAUUGAUGGUGAAAAUGAGACUCAUGAAGAGGAUGCGAAGCUGAAAUCUGUUGAAAUGGAAGACAAUGCAGAAACUAAUGAUGCUGAAGAGUCCUUAGAGCAGGACAUUGUGGAAGGGAGUGAGGAAGAAGAAGCUGAAGAAGUACCAAAGCCGCAGAAGAAGCGCGGUCCGAAGCCUAAGCAGUUGAAAAGAACGACGCCGCAGAAGCGUGGUGGUCCUUUCAAAUGCACCUUCUGUCGAUUGUCGUAUUCAGCACAGAAAUUCCUGGAUCGACAUCUUGUGUAUCACACGGAGAAGGAGAAACCGUUUCCUUGUAAAUCCUGCGACAUGCAGUUCGACAAGUCAUGCGAACUGCGCUUCCAUCGGGAGAAAGUGCACGCGCAGGAGAAGUGUAACGUGUGUGGUGAGAUGGUGAUGUCCCUGCACGAUCGCCAGAGGCACAAGACGAUGCAUGCGGAGGACAAGUACAGGUUCGAGUGUGAGAUCUGCCACAAGCGUCUGUGCAGACUGCAAUCGCUGCAGCAUCACAUCGAGAGGACACACAUGGGCGAUAAAUUCAAGUGUGAGAUCUGCCUGAAGGGAUUCCCUCGCGUGGGCUUGCUCAUGGCGCACUCAAUUGCACGCCACAGCGAUGAUAAGCCGUUCAGUUGCAAGAUGUGUGGCUUCAAAGUGAACCGAAUGGCCAGUCUGAGAUCGCACAUGAUAACGCACACGAAGGAGAAGAACUUCCACUGUGAGACUUGUGGGAAGGCCUUUGGACACUCGAGCACAUUCUACAAGCACUUGCGGAUGCACGAGCGCGCCAAGAUGCCGGCGCCGAAGGUGCAGUUGGAGGAAGUGGCACGCGUGCGGGCGACGCGUGAGCGACUGUUUCAGUGUGAAGUGUGCGCCAAGGCGUUCAUCCGGAUGGCGGAUCUGAAGCUGCAUCUGCGCUUCCACAGCAAUGUGCGUCCGUACAAGUGCACAGUGUGUCCCAAAUCAUUCCACUCGUCGUCAAUUAUGAAGAAUCACCUUGAUCGACACUUUGGCAUCCGGAAGCACGUGUGCCGAUACUGUGGGAACACCUACACUGAUCCCACGGGACUCAGACGACACCUGGUCAAGCAUGGUGACAGCGCCGUGAAGACAUUCGACUGUGAAUUGUGUGGGAAGGUGUUUGUGCAGAAGUAUCAGCUCACCCGGCAUGCCAGCACACACAUUCCGGGAUCUCUGUCCAGGCGACGAGGUGGUGUUCAGCCACAAGUGAAGCGGCAGGAGUACAAGUGCAGCGUCUGUCGGCGGACGUACAUCAAUAAGACGGGGUUGAAGAAGCAUCUGCAGAAGCACGGUGAUCAGUGUGGGAAGCAGAUUGGGUGUCCGCAGUGUGGCAAAUUGUAUUUGGAUGCUGAGGAGUUAGGAAGACAUCUCGACACUCACGUCAAUCCCAUUGUCGUGGAGACUUCCUGUCCAUCACUCAUUGUUCCGGCGUCAUUGUCACAGGACAUAACACAAAUCAUCAUUCUGCCCACGGAUGUGAAUUUCAAGGGGGAAAAGGAGGGACAGAUGCUGGAGAUGAGCAUGGAAGAUCAGGGACUGUUGCAAUGAAAAGAGAGAGAGCUG